GUCAACGCGCAUUAAAACUGAGAACGACGACAACGAACAUCAUUCGCGAUGCAAAAUCAAAACAUAAACCAUAGCUGCUAGCAUUUUUCUUUUAAAAAAAUCUAAGUUCUCAGAUGCAUACGCAUUCUUGUUAUAUUUUCGUUUUUUGUUCGUAUAUAGUUUUCGUAGCCACAAAUCUGAUAGCAAAAAAUGACCUAUUCACAUUUGAUAGAAAAAUUCAAGGUCGGGAAACGCUUUGUACUGCUCGAUUUGGUGGUCAAGCCUGACUGCGAAGAACUUUGGCAAUCGUCCGGUCCAGAAAACAAGUUCCUUCAGAGGGAUGAAUGGAAGCUCAUAUACUGCCACUUGGAAACGAUUUUCAAAAAUCAUUUUGGAGAUAGCGGCAAAAAGCCAACAGAUCAGUGUGUCAUCGAUAAAGAAUACGAGCUUCGGUUAAAGGAAAGGCCGAAUAUUUUGAUUCGAUAUGAGGUUAAAGGCCAAAAUGAACGAGACAAUUUGAACUUUAUAUUUCAUGAAAGCGAACGAAAGCUACACAAAGACUGUUUCAGUAUCCUGAUCUUGGACGAUACAAGAGAAAUAUACCGUCAGUUAGAUGAGCAAAAAGCAACAAUCGACCGGCUUCGGAAGGAAAACGUAAAGCUCAAGACUUUACCAGAGUCUAGUCAGGAGUAUACGCCGUCUCCCAUUUCUGUCAAGCAAAAUCUAUCCACAGGAUCAUUACAUGAUAGUCACCCGGAGUACGUUCCGAUAGCGCUCAAUGGAAGCUCCCCUUCACCGCACAAAUCCCAUUACAAACCAACCAAGAUUGCCGAUGCCUGUAAGAUAGAACCAGAUCCGUACACCCCCAGUUCCAGCCAGGAACCGAACACCCGCCAUGCAACAUAUAUUCCAUCGAUCUACGGCACUCCAGGUAGAAGCGAGGGAAAAGUGAAUGAAGAGGCGAACAAAAGUGUGGACGACAUUUUCGGCCAGGAAUCUCCGUCGAAAGCUGUCGAUCUAUUUGGAAGCAGCAGCGAUGAAAUUCCAAAGUUGGACGACGGAAAACGAAUGCAACUGCCGAGGAAGACAAAAUUACAAAAUCAAUCCGAGGGAAAUAAUCAUAUCAGCAAAGCAUCCACUAAAACUCCGCCAAAUUUGAAACGCCGUCGAAGGGAGUCCGAACAGAAGUGCACGAAACUGGAAGGUUGGCUCGUGAAACAACCGGCCAGUCCGUCUUCCUGCAAACUUGAAAUCGAAAAAACCACGUCCAAACAAUCGUCUAAAAACAAAAAGAAUGCUGACAUUAAAAAACCCAAAAAGGAAUUUGUAGCUCCCGUCUUAAGACAGCCAGUGGACAGAGAAAAACUGCGUGUCGAAGAGGAAAAUAUGCGCAAGACAUUGGCCAAUCUUGACAAGCUGGAUAAAAUGCUCCCGGAGGAUAAAAGCCAGCUGGAUGUUCCAAUACUAAACUGCUUCAAGCUAUCAGUUGCAGAUAUUCAAGACACAUUCCGAGAAUACGAGCAUGAGCUACGGAAAAUCUUCAAGCGCUACAAGGACCAAUCGGAACGCCAAUGGCAGCUGGCAGAGGAAUUGUGUUACUUCACCGAAGUGACGAGCGUCCUGGAAGAAGAUCAGAAGUACGCCAUGUUGAAACGACUUGAGACAGAGUUCGUGCCGCCGGAGAAGUCUGGCAUGUACACUGAAUUUUUCACAUCAACGCUUAUUAUGGAGUGGGGCUUGCGUAUCUGGAUGAAGCUGUUCAACUACUCAAAUCGCAGGGAAGCACUGGACCGUAUUAGACUGCAAGAGGAGGCCAAUCCGAUCGAGCUCUCGUCUAGCUACCUGGCGUCAUUGACGUGCAGUGGCAAGAAACGGCGUUGAGAUGGCGUUUUUUUUUUCGUUAAAUAAUAUCUUUAUACAAUUGAUUUGCGUUUUCUUACAUUUUUAAAAUUUUUAAGUGAUUUAACAUCUAGUUUUUCAGGCUUUGUUCUUUAAGGUUUAAUUUUUGUAGUAUUCGUUGCUGUUUUUGCUGUAUUGCAUAUUGUAUUAAUUUACCGAUUCUAUUGGAUUGGGUCAAACGUUGAGGUGGCGAGCAGGGUUGCCACAUUUAUAUCUGUAUUUUUCUUUGAAAAUAUCUGUAUAUCUGUAUCUCGGGCCAAAUAAUCUGUACAUAUUAAAAAUCUAUCGAGCAAACUCAGAAUGUUGGAUGGAAAAAAAUUUACUUGCAGAACAUAUUUAAACAAAUUCAUUCUUCUCUACGUGAUGCACACGUGAUUCUCUACGUUCAUACAGGUUUUUGUUAAAUUCAUUUUUUAAAGUUUUCGUUAAUUUAAUAUUAGUAUCUCCUCCUUGGUCUGCAACGUAGCUUUCAGCUUUUAAAAUUGAGAUCAUUAGCUUUUUCUCGUUUUAACUAUAUAUUGAAAGUAUGCGUUCUAAACAAGCAGAAGAGUGUGGAUUUUUUUUAAAAAUUCUCACAAUUGAUCUGUAAUGGAAACUUGAAAUUACCAUCCCGCCUAAUUGUGUUCAACAGCUCAGACCAAGUUAAGUCAUUUGUUUCAAAGAAUCUUCCGGUCAAAAAGUUUUUUUUUUCAAGCGUGCGAAAUUCGUUGCCAUUUUUACAACAGUAUCGGUGAAAUCGCACCUCUUUGCAAUUUGUUUCACGAAUUUCGAAUAGAAAUCCUGACACGUUCAUUUUCACGCUUCGUUCAAGCACAGAACGGAAGGUCAUCUGUGAUACGAAAACUGCUAAGUGCUCAGUGAAUUUUGCAGCGCUCCCUAGGGGUGGAAAG